AUGGCCAAUCAUACUCCAUUAUAUGAUGCUUAUCAGAACUCAACUGACAUCAAGCAGAUGAAAGAGCCCGUCAGGACAAGUAGCGCAGAGCAGCGCCACCGGUUCUGGCAUCUUAUCCUCUACAGCCAUGUCCAACAACAGCUUGAUGUCAAGGCAAUCACAGGAACCUACUGA